AUGGCUCAGUUGAAAGCAUUUCCUUCACAUCCAUGCGCUACUGCCACUCCUUCCCUACAUGCAACAGAGCACAUUCUGUUUAAUAGGUUCUGGAAGGCAAACCCAUGUUCAUAUAAACAGUUGAAGCCAAAAGCUAAUGUUGGUGCCGGAAGACUUCAAGUUGUAAAAGCAGUAUCGAGCAAUGAUUCUGCUGUGGAAGUUUCUCAAGCCAAGAAGGGUAGCGGGCUGCGUGGAAAAUUGAACAAGGUUGUACUGGCUUACAGUGGUGGCUUAGACACAUCGGUUAUUGUCCCAUGGUUGAGGGAGAAUUAUGGUUGUGAUGUUGUUUGCUUCACUGCUGAUGUUGGCCAAGGUAUAAAAGAGUUGGACGGUUUAGAAGCCAAAGCCAAAGCCAGCGGAGCUUCUCAAUUAGUUGUAAAGGACUUGCAAGAGGAAUUUGUUAAAGAUUAUGUAUUUCCUUGCCUGCGUGCCGGUGCCAUUUAUGAGAGAAAGUAUUUGCUUGGGACCUCAAUGGCCCGUCCUGUGAUUGCAAAGGCCAUGGUGGAUGUUGCCAAAGAAGUUGGAGCUGAUGCUGUCGCCCACGGGUGUACAGGGAAAGGAAAUGAUCAGGUACGAUUUGAGCUCACUUUCUUUGCGCUGAACCCCAAGCUAAACAUUGUGGCUCCAUGGAGGGAGUGGGAUAUUACAGGGAGAGAAGAUGCUAUUGAGUAUGCUAAAAAACAUAACGUUCCUGUUCCAGUGACCAAGAAAUCCAUAUAUAGCAGGGAUAGGAAUCUAUGGCAUCUUAGCCAUGAGGGUGAUAUUUUGGAAGACACGGCUAAUGAGCCCCAAAAGGAUAUGUACAUGAUUUCUGUAGACCCAGAGGAUGCUCCAGAUCAACCCGAGUAUUUGGAAAUUGGCAUAGAGUCGGGACUUCCUGUUUCACUCAAUGGGAAGACGCUUUCACCAGCAACUUUACUCACUGAGCUCAAUGAGAUAGGUGGAAGGCACGGAAUUGGUCGUAUCGACAUGGUUGAGAAUCGGCUUGUAGGCAUGAAGAGCCGCGGAGUUUAUGAAACUCCUGGCGGAACUAUCCUUUUUGCUGCAGCACGGGAGUUGGAGUUUUUGACACUUGACCGAGAAACAAUACAGCUCAAAGAUACGUUAGCCCUUAAAUAUGCAGAGUUGGUGUAUGCUGGAAGAUGGUUUGAUCCACUCCGUGAGUCCAUGGACGCCUUUAUGCAGAAGAUUACAGAGACCACAACAGGUUCUGUGACUUUGAAAUUGUACAAAGGGUCUGUUACUGUAACAGGUAGGAAGAGUCCCUUCAGCCUUUAUAGGCAAGAUAUCUCAUCAUUCGAGGGUAGUGACAUCUAUGAUCAAGCUGAUGCUGCUGGUUUUAUCCGGCUUUACGGGCUUCCAAUGAGAGUCAGAGCAAUGCUUGAGCAGGGCAUUUAG